UUUUCGACAAAUUGUCAUUUUGUGUGUACCCCUGCCAUUUUUGUGGUGAACAGUUCAUGGAUUUUUUUUUUCAGUUUCUAAUUCAGUAUGUUCCAUUUACCAACAAAUCAACCUCUCUCAUGAGCUAGGUCAUCUCUGUUCCUCCCCAGCAGUAACUUGAGUUCAGAACCAAGUCCUUUCCUUGUAACCUAAUUAAAGUGUCCAGCAGGAAUUUAUCUGGCUUUAUAAGCGAAGUAGCUUAUGCUUUGCUGAUAUAGCAGCUAGGAAAUACUUUUCUGGCUCUGUCCUGUACUGUAUAAAUGCCAAAGGUUAGUCAGAAUUCCCAGAAAUAUGUCAGAAGCUCUCUUGUGUGACCUAGAAAGGUUGCCUGCUAAUGAAGAUUUUUUUAAAAGCUUAACAACAGGUAGUUUUUCUAGCAGAAAAACCUUCUCAACCUCCAUUUUUUUACAAUGCUCUUUCAGGUAGAAUCAAAACUGCCUUCUUUAAACUGGGAAUCAGUUUUGCUGAUGCUAAAAAUAUAAUAGGCUUUGUGUGAGGUGAGACAGAGAUGUCCAUCUAAUAAGAAGUUUCCUCAUAUGAUAGUCACUACAUUUUUGGUACUAAAUGGUUAUUAGAUGCUGGAGCUUUCCUUCAGAAUGAUCACAAAAGCAUUUGUAAAAGAAACAGGGUCCUAUGAGUAGUGGUUGUAUUUUUUGAAAAAUGAUAAUUAUGAUAAAAUGGGUAAGGCAAAAUUGUGUCAAAAGAUUUUUUUUAUUCACAUGUGAUAAUAUUUAUCUGUUUAAACGAAUUAUAUUUUUGUGCAAGGUAUUAUUUGAUUUGAUUCAAUUUAAGAGGUUAUCUUGUGCUGAGUUUUAUAGUAAAACAAGACUUAACCAGCCAAUCAAUUAUAUGUAUGCCCAUAAUUGUGGUCUUAAAUGUCCUUAAGCUCAUAGCCUUCUGUCUUUACAGACAGAAGACAUGUAGUACACAGUCUCUAAUAAUUUGUGUAUCGCCUGGACUCAAAGGUACCAUAUUCGUCAGUCACUCACGUCAUAGUUGGUGUCCUAUGAAAAUUUGACUGAAAUAUCCUUGGAGUAGGGGACUCUUUAUACGUAUAAUUGUUUUUGUAUGAAAUUAUGCAGUUCAUACAAACAGUUUAUUUUAUCAUAACUCUGUAACAUCUUUGUAAUAUCUUUCCCCAAUUUGUUUCAUAAAUAUGAAUAUAUAGUUGUUAAGUAAGCCAAUGUUCUCAGUUUAUCAGUUACAACACCUAUGAACUUUUUCCAAUAAUGGAGUGAGAGCUUAGAGGGCUGAGAUGACAGCCUUCUACUUGAGGAAGUUCAUGUGAUGCUUCCUCACAUGUAUCCGUUAGCACCAAUUUCUCUAGGGAGAGACAGAUUAGUGGAACCCCUACUAAAAAUCCUUCAAGAUAUUGUGAUGACGUGUUAACCACCACACGAUAUAUACUUAUAGAAUUAUCUGAUACCUGUAUUCACUUAAUGGACACGAAAUUCACAAGGUGUGAAAUCGUACCACAACCUUAAACCACAGUGUGCAGAAUCAAUUCAGGGGUGAAAAUAAACACUCGAGAGAAAUCACACCUGAACCUCUAUAAUACAAAUAUAUAUGAGUAACACUCACACAUAAAUAACCACUAAACCGAUCCCAAAUACGCAACUAAUAACAGAAACCAACACAUUCAAACACAAAAAGGAGGGGGUCCAGAAAGGAGGAGAAAAGCAAAAAGAAAGAUGAUCCUAACAAAUACACACUAAUAUUCCUAUCAACUUCUCCAUAUGUUUUAAAAUUAAUUCUCCUCUUGCCAGGCAAGGCACAACUCCACAUCUGGAGGACAAAUUAGGGUGACGAUCAGAUGUUUGCCCAAUCACAGCGCUGAACCAAAAAUAUCGCAAGGUGGCUGGCAAGUAUCAAACUGUCCACUGAAGACGACAGCAGAGGAACAUUUGCCGUAUAAAUAUUUUACCUUGGGACAGAGAGGUUCCCUUGGCUUUAUAACUGAGCCAAAGGCAUAGAAGGAUUAAAUCCUGAAGCUGCAGACUGGGAGAUCCAAAGGCUCUGAUAGACGACCACUGCUUGUCAAAAUGGCUUCGUUCACGGAAUUAACAGCACCUCCUAUGCCAGAAGGAUACUGUGAAGAUGACUUUCAGUUCAGCAAGUUAUUUAAGUGUGUGAAUGUAGUUGGACAAAAGGUCUUGUGUGAAGUUGUAAAAGCAAUGUAUUCACACACAUUAUUGAAUUCCAGUGGAGAGGGUAAGACUUUGCGCCAGUACUUAAUCUCUCAAAAAUGGAGUAAUAGGAAAGUAAAGGAUUGUUUCACAAAAGACCAUCAUGAACUUUUAGAUGUAGACUUGAUUAAUGUAGAAUUUGAUAUAUCUUUUGCAUGUACAGUCAUGACAUUAGUAUGCAAAGAUCUCUUUGAUAAAAUGAGUUGUGAAACAAAAUUAGCAGUUGAAGAAUUGAAAAAAUUAAGAAACAGAAUUUGCCACAAGUAUGGACUUACUUGUAGUGAAUGUAGUACUCUGAUGGACUUCCUUAAAGAUAUUCUUAAAGAUGUAUAUUUGGGUGUUGGAACUAUUGUUGGCAAAGACUUCUCAGAUAAUAUAAGUUGUAUGGAAAGUGAAAUACAGAGUAUUCUUUCUGCAGAAAUCAGCCAUGUGGAUGACAAGACAUAUUCAGACGGAGUGGAGAAAUUUAGAAGUAAUUUAAGGUUUAAAAUGAUAAAUGCAGGAAAAAGAGAACUUCAGUUAUCAUGUAGCAAAUUGCGAAUUCUUAAUCCUCAUAUUUGGAUAACGGAGGAAGGUAUAGAAAAAACUCCCUUAAGUAAAUAUCAAGUUCACAGACUCUUUACUCCAUUAAAUAUGGACUAUAGUAAAAACAACAUUAAAAUAGCUGAGAUUUUCAGUGUUACUGAAAGAAUAGAAGGCCUAGAACAGGUACCUUCUGCUAUUGUGAUGUAUGGAUUAUCUGGAUGUGGAAAGACCUUUUUAUGCCAUUAUUUGAUCCAUGAGUGGUGCAAAGAUUGUGAUCAAAAUGUAACUGAUCUUGACAAAUUUGAUUUGAUAAUAUUUGUUGAAGUUCGUCACGUUCAAUCAAAGACAAUGAUAGAGUUUCUGGAAAAAGAAUGUCUGUUGGAAACCUGUAAGGAUUUUAAAACUUCUGACAUAAUACCAACUUUGAAGGACCUUAAUAUACUUAUAGUUGUGGAUGGUUUUGAAGAAGCCAAGAUAGGCACAUCUCUAAACCUUGUAGGAGAUAUUUUUUGUAAAUUUGGUGAUAAAUGUAUUCUGUUGACUACUCUUCCUGAAUACAAAGAUGAUGUGCUUUCUAUUGCAAGAAAGUACAAAGUUUCUGCCUUCCCAGUACAAAUACAUGGCUUUGAUGAAAGGAAUUUAAGAAUUUUUUCAGAGAAAGUAUUUGGAACAUUGAAAAAAGGUGAGGCGCCCCAUGCUGAAGAACUUAAUUCUUUUCUAAAUUAUAUAGAAACUACUGGAAAAGGUUUGGGUAGAAAUCUGAAACUUCCAUUAACUCUUUCUCUUCUUGUAUAUCUAUGGAGUUUGGAUUCCAGAAUUGCUUCCAAAAUUUCCUCAACUACUAUGUUGUAUCAGGAAAUCUUCAAGCUCUGUCAAAAAAGAUCUUAUGAACGAUUAGAGAAAACGGACAUUGAGCUUUUAGAGAACAAAGACAGAGAAAAGCUGAAGUAUGAGCUUGACAAGAUAUUUUUCUGUUUAGGUCAACAAGCUUGGUCACUGCUUCUUAAAGGAGAGCUUAUGUGUUUGACAGAGAAAGAAGUUAAAAGCAUGGAAAGCUGUUGGAGGUUAGUUGAUGUAUUGGACUUUUUAUCCAACUAUUUGUAUUGUGAAUCAGAAGAGAACAAUCCCGUACAAAAGAGAUCAUUUGUUUUUUUUCAUAAAACACAAAUGGAAUAUCUAGCUGGAGCUUAUUUAGCUAAUAGGGUAACUCUUGGAAGCUAUAGCAACCUCUCAUUUGAAGAUAUAGAUGUUGAAGUGGAAAAUGGGACUGGAUGGCAAAAUUUACUGGAAGUUAUCAAGUUUAUGACAGGAAAUUUGGCAGUUACAGAAAUGUUGAAGGCAAAUGAAAUGUCAGAAAUAUUAGAGAUUUUGAGGACAGCAAAUAUAUCUUCUACAGAUUACAACUUUUGGUGGAAUUUUUACUUAGAAACCCUGAAAAAUGAGCAUGUGGGUUGCAUAAUUAUUGACAAAUUACCUCAAUCAGUUUGGAUUUUAGAUGAUGAACACGUCGUUUCUGGUCUCAGUUUUUAUCGUGAUCUGGAUGUGAAUUUAGAAAUUUUAAAGAUUGAAAUUCCAGUUGAUGUUGAUCCUUAUGACAUCAAAGAACUGUUAACCACACUGAAAGAAAUCAGAUGUAAGAAGAUGGAAUGUAUGCAGGCAGAUAAGAAAAUAGAUCCAGUUAUGAUUGAAUUACACUUUUUGAAUCAUGAAAGUACUAACACCUUCAGUAAAUUGUCCGACAGCUUACUUUCGUCUUUGAACCCCUGGGGUCACCUCACUAGUUUCACUGGUGCUUUAGGAGAGCAAGAAAUUUUGAGUUCUUGUGAUAAGCUUGAGGCAAUUCGUGUUAGAUUGAACUCUGUUAAUGCAUUCAGCACAUUCAAAAUAAGUUUGGGUAAGAUUUCCAAAACUGUCAAAACAUUGUGUGUAACACUUGCCAUUCCUUUCAGCUGCUCCCCUUCAGAGUUGUGUGAUUUGGAGUAUACAGGAAAUUUUGAAUUAAGGCUAAUGGGAGCAAAUGAUGAACUCAAGGAAUGGAUUGCAGGCGUGGUGAAGCUAAUAAGUGGAAGAAAUGGCUGUCAUAAAUUGUCCCUGGUGAACUCAGAAAUGACUUGUGAGACCAUUCAUUAUCUUUUGAAAGAACUGGAAAACACUGUACACGAGAAGAUUUCCUUCAACACAAUUAAUAAGCUAACUAAUGAAGAAUUAGAAGAGUUGAGAGAAUUACAGAUGAAGGAUUUCUUAGAAAUCAGUUGAACUUAAACCCUAACAAGUGACAACAUUAUUUUUUUUCUGUUUUACCAUGUGAAGACUGAAAAGGUUGGUCAAGUCAAGCCUGAAGAUGACUGGAAAUUAAAAAACAGAUUAUUUUACAGUAACAGAUGAUAGACCUGCAUUAUAAAAAUAUAUGAGGAGAUAACAGGCAUCUGAGAAAAACAUGCAAGAAAAAUGAUGUAGCUUGGCUGUUAAGGAAAGAAAUUUACUGAACUGGACAAUCAGAAGAGUUGCAUACUUAAUGUAGAACUGAAAAUAUGAAAGAGGAAACUAACGCUGGUCGCGCCAUGAGUGGUGAAGAAGCGCGUCCUAUCAACUGUGAAUAUUAGUAGCAGCUACUGCUGUGAGUCAGAAAACAACAGCAACAGUUUCACAUGCACUUGUUAAUGAGAAAUCAAAGAUCAUGUAAGGUCUGUAACUGGGAGUUUUAUGGCAUAAAUGGGAAUCUAAAGGAAGUUACCAUGGGGAUGCAUUUUCAAAAUAUUUUGUGUGGAAUAACACCUGUGUGAUUGAAGAUACUGCACCUUGGUUGAGGUUACUGUUCUAAAACUAGUAUAUAUGUUGCAAAUAAGGAAGGCAAUACAAACGUCCAUCAUCACCAA